AAGGACUGAGGGAGGAUACGAGAGGGGCAGAUACCAAGUGGUCACAUGAAAUGGGGUGACACUACACCCAGAGAGGAGCAAAGCCAGCCCACCAGUUAGAGUAAAGAGCAGGUCCCUGACAUAUGUUUCUGACAGGACUUGAACCUGUUCCUACAACCGAAGAGGAAAGAGACUCUGUGUGCUAGAAUAACGAGAGGAAAGUCGGAGGGGGGGAUAAACUGUGCGUUUAAGAGGGAGCAUGGAGUGAGUGAGUCACGACACUAGAGAGAGAGAGGGAGGAAUAGAGAGAGUGUGUCUCAGUCUGUAAGCCGGUCAUCCUCCUGAAUGACUGUGGCGCAGACAGACAGCCCUCCCCCUGCAGAGGCCUCCCUUGAUGGUGAAUGAGUCUCCAGGAACCUACUGCGUUGCCGUUUUCUCAGAGGACACAGAGAACACUUCUCCUGUCAGAGAGCCAGCAAAGGACCAUCGAAAAGUCAAACAAAUGGAACAGGAGCAUCUAAUGGGGCAGAAGGAUCAACUGCACCUGCUGCCUCUUUCUCUUCUCUCUCAAGGACCGGCGAUUGAGUGAAAGCCUCUUGGUAUAGGUUAAUUGUUUGUUUGUGAGGUAGUAAGAUGGAGCCUGCAAGCUGUUGGUGUAUCAUAUGAUGGAGAGAGUGAUCACUCUAGUGACAUCUGGACCCCUCACCAGGACUGACGCAUCAAAGGACUAGACUGUUGGGGUUUUCUGAGUUUGUUCCAUUCACUCUCAUUUCUUCUGGGGUAAAGGAGUAUUCUAAGGUCAAGGGCAUGGCGAGGACAGAAGAAGAACAACGUCUAACUUUAAGAGGACUUUAAUCAAGUUCACCCACUUUUCAGGGUCCAUUGUUACUACUUCAUAGUCACCAGCUUUGUUGUAAUGACCUUUCAUGAAUCACAGAAAGCAACAUUGCAGUGAAGUCAAGCUCCCACCUGUGAGGUAAGCGGCAGAGACACUAGCUUGUGGUGCUUACUGGCGAAAGAACCAAGUACUUGUCUGUGGAUCUCAGGCUGUCACUGUCCACCCCCCGGCCCUUUAUCCCUACCAGUCAAGGGUUUGAGUAAUGGGGUAAGUGUGUACAAUCAUGGUGGUGACUCGGCUGGAACUGGAGCUGUGCUACCAGGGGAAGAAGUUGCGUGGCUUCACCUGUAAGCUGACCCGCUCUGCCCAUGGCUUCCUGCCUGAGAGCUCCUGGCAGAUCGCAGCCCAGGUGCUGCUGCCAUACCUGGUGGCUGGACUGGGAAUGGUCUCCGCUGGCAUCAUCAUGGAUAUUGUUCAACACUGGGAGGUGUUUAAGGUCAUCACAGAGAUUUUCAUCCUGGUUCCAGCUCUGGUGGGACUGAAGGGCAACCUGGAGAUGACCCUGGCUGCUCGCCUCUCCACUGCAGCUAACACUGGACAGAUGGAUGACCCCAAGCAUCAGUGGACGAUGGUGUGCAGCAACCUGGCUCUCAUUCAGGUUCAGGCCACGGUGGUGGGCUUCCUGGCUGCCGUGGCAGCCAUAUUACUGGGGGCCAUGUCUAGAGGUGGGGUGGAGCUGGACCAAGCUGCUGUGCUCUGUGCCAGCAGCAUCAUCACUGCAUUCGUGGCAGCACUGUCUCUAGGUCUAGUAAUGAUUGGGGUGAUCAUUGGCGCCAGGAAAGUGGGCAUCAACCCAGACAAUGUGGCCACACCCAUCGCUGCCAGUCUGGGAGAUCUAAUCACACUGUCCCUGCUGGCUGGAGUCAGUACUAUACUCUACCAGUACCGAGACGUCUGGUACCUGUCUCCCCUGUUGUGUGUGUUCUUCCUGGCUCUGAUCCCUCUGUGGGUGGUGGUGGCCCGGAAGAGCCCUCAAAUCAAGGAGGUCCUCGUCUCUGGCUGGCAGCCUGUCCUCGUAGCCAUGUCUAUCAGCAGUUUUGGGGGACUCAUAUUGGACAAGACUGUUAGCGACCCUAACUUUGAGGGGAUGGCCGUCUUUACACCCGUCAUAAAUGGUGUCGGAGGAAACUUGGUGGCCAUCCAGGCCAGUCGGAUCUCAACCUACCUUCACUUCUGGAGCAUGCCUGGAGUCUUGCCCUAUAAGAUGAGACAGCACUGGCCCAGCCCCUUUACUACCUUCUUCACCUCAGGUGUGAACUCCAAGUCAGCGAGGGUGUUGUUCCUAUUGGUGGUUCCGGGCCACCUGGUGUUCCUCUAUACCAUCUCUCUGCUCCAAGGCGGCCACACUGCCCUCACUGUCACUUUCACCGUCUGCUACCUGUGUGCUGCCCUUCUCCAGGUGGGUAUCCUCCUCUAUGUGGCUGACCUGAUAGUCCGUCUGAUGUGGAGGAGGAGUCUGGACCCAGACAACUUUUCCAUCCCCUACCUGACAGCCCUGGGAGACCUGCUGGGGACCGGCUUCCUGGCUUUGGUCUUCCGCUCCGUCUCACUCAUGGAGGGGCUGGGACUCUGAAAGGGAUGGAGGUCAUCGGUCUGCUACAGGCCUCUCUGUGCUGUGCCUUCCCAGACCAGGGGUCUGUAUCAUCUCCCUGCCCUGCCUCUCCUCUGCCUUCACCACUGGAGGGAGUUAGUUUCCUUGGCGUGGGGAUGGCAGUGUGACUGACUGACUGCACGCACACUCACUCACUCAGCUUACAGUUCAUCAGGAGGUGUGGGUCAUUUCAAACCUCAGAAAGUAUGGGUUGAUGGGACACACUGCAAACUCAUCCAGGUCCUAUUUCACACACCCCGCAUGUCACUUGUGAAUGUGAGACAAUGGAAAAAUCAACACACUAAAUUGAACUUUUUCUGAAAUUAGGGAACGGUUAUUGAUCGAUAAUGGGUGCCUUGUAUGUUGGUGUAUGAAAAUGAAUUUUAACUUGUUUACAGUAUUUCUGGAUGUAGAAUGCAGAGUGGGGCUUGGCAACAUCCCUUUCAUUAUAGACAUAACUCAAAAAACCUUACUUGACUGAUAACUACAGGAACAUUCUGUUGUAGAUCGAAGUAGAAUCAUCUUCAUACAUCACCACCAAUGUGUAGCUUGAAACUACUGCACCCAUUGAAAUUGCAACUAGGGUGUGAAUGGAAUGGACCUGUGAAUGUAUCAAGGAUCGAACAUAUUUGAAGGCAAUCAGUAUUAUUUUGUGAUUUUUCUAUGAGCAGCUUACUGUCACAAGUGUUAAGUUAAAUAUCUGCAAAUGAAACUUUUAAGGGAGGCACUUCUUAAACCAGAGUUAAGUUACCGUUGGCAUGUCAUCAGUAAUGUGAGAUGGGGUAAGGGCAAAACAUUGAAACUGUUCUCAAAUCUGGUUCAAGGUGUUAGGCGUCUUAUCACAUAUGACAGGACGGGAAACGGUAUCAUAGCAAAGUGCCUGAUAAAGUGUUACAAAUGUUUGUCACUUCUUAAUGUUCAGCAGCAAUCUUAAAUGCAAAAACAAAACCUUAAAGUACACAGUAUCUGUCAAGUCCGUGUAUCAUGAAUGUUACAUGUCGGGUGUGUUUUGUAUAAUCACAAAUGUCUAUUUAAAGAGAAGGUAGCUUUAUUUAAAACAUUGCAAUGUCCCCAUUCACAUGCCUUCUGUACGUUACAACUGUAGUGCCCUCACACAUGGUUAAGGGGCUUGAACAUAAAAAUGAAACAAAAAAAACUCAUGUAAAUGUAUUCUUUAUUUUGUUUAUCCUACCGUCAUCAACAUUUCAUGAAUUUGAAUCACUUUAAAAUGUACAUGCAUCCAUAAUUGCACUACAUUGAAUCACACAUUUUAAAGCUCAUUUCAUAGAGAAUAUUACAAUCUGGACUAUACUGUAUCUAGUAACUGACUUUGAAGAGAUGGUCGUUGGGUCAAAAUAGGCAUUUGCAAAAUUCAGUGUACUUGUCUUUAACUGCCAUUUCCCGAAUGUCAGACUGGACAGAUUUCACUGUCCAACUCAUUUUUCUCAGCUUCAGAAGCAUCUAAAUUCACCAAAGUGUGUGUGGUUAUCCUUAGAUAUAUUCUCCGGAAUUACUCAGAGGGAAUUGUUGAUUUGUCACAUAUUUAUUAUAGACUACUUUUUAUAUCUGCCAAAAUAUUGGAAACGAGUAAAUGUGGGAUACAAAGUCUAUGGAAAGCAGAUGCUUCCACACAGGUGUGGGUCCUUAUGCUGAGUGUCCUUAUUUUGGCUACCAUGGCUAUUCCCCCAUAGGAUGACAAUGCCCCCAUCCACAGGGCACGAUUGGUCCCUGAAUGAGCAUGAAAACACUGUAAAACCAUAUGCCAUGGCCAAAUACAACAGGGGCGGCAGGGUAGCCUAGUGGUUAGAGCGUUGGACUAGUAACCGGAAGGUUGCAAGUUCAAACCCCCUAGCUGACAAGGUACUCUGUCGUUCUGCCCCUGAACAGGCAGUUAACCCACUGUUCCUAGGCCGUCAUUGAAAAUAAGAAUUUGUUCUUAACUGACUUGCCUGGUUAAAUAAAGGUCAAAUUAAAAUAAAAAAAACAGGUGUAGGUAGACCUUACCGUGAAAUCUUACUUACAAGCCCUUAACCAACAAUGCAUUUUUAAGAAACUAAAGUUAAGACAAUAUUUAUGAAUAUACUAGAGUAAAAAAAUUAAGUAACAAUAAAAUAACAAUAAUGAGGCUAUAUACAGGGUGUACCGGUACUGAGUCAAUGUGCAGGGGUACAGGUUAGUCGAGGUAAUUUGUACAUGUAGGUUGGGGUAAAGUGACUAUGCAUCGAUAAUAAACAGUGAGUAGCAGCAAAUAGUCCAGGUUGCCAUUGGAUUAAUUGUUCAGCAGUCUUAUGGCUUGUUGAGGAGCCUUUCGGACAUAGACUUGGUACCGCUUGUGUGGUAGCAGAGAGAACAGUCUAUGACUUGGGUGACUGGAGUCAUUUUUUGGGCCUUCCUCUGACACCGCCUAGUAUAUAGGUCCUGGAUGGCAGGAAGCUUUGCCCCAGUGAUGUACAGGGCUGUACGCACUACCCUCUGUAGCGCCUUACGGUUGGAUGCCGAGCAGUUGCCACACCAGGCGGUGAUGCAACCGGUCAGGAUGCUCUCAAUAGUGCAGCUGUAGAACAUUUUGAGGAUCUGGGGACCCAUGCCAAAUCUUUUCAGUCUCCUGAGGGGGAAAGUCUUUCGUCAAGAAAGUCGUGCCCUCUUCACGACUUUCUUGGUGUGUUUGAUAGUUUGUUGGUGAUGUGGACACAAAAGGAACUAGAAACUCUUGACCCACUCCACUACAGCCACGUCGAUGUGAAUGGGGGCAUGUUCGGCCCUCCUUUUCCUGUCCACGAUCAUCUCCUUUGUCUUGGUCACGUUGAGGGAGAGGUUGUUGUCCUGGCACCACACUGCCAGGUCUCUGACCUCCUCCCUAUAGGCUGUCUCAUCGUUGUCGGUGAACAGGCCUACCACCGUUGUGUCGUCAGCAAACUUAAUGAUGGUGUUGGAGGCGCGCUUGGCCAUGCAGUCGUGGGUGAACAGGGAGUACAGGAGGAGACUAAGCACGCACCCCUGUGGGACCCCAUGUUGAGGAUCAGUGUGGCAGAUGUGUUGUUGGCUACCAGGAUCCAGUUGCAGAAAGAGGUGUUUAGUCCCAGGGUCCUUAGCUUAGCCCAGGGUCCAUACUUACCCUAAAUGAAGUGACUGAGCCACGAGUUGAGAACCAACGAAAUCAGCUUCCCUCCCUGUUGCAAAUAUUGCAUCAUCAUCCCCUUAAUUUGAGGAAGAUGACUGAUAAUAUUUAAUGAAUCAAAUGUUUUAAAAGUUGUAAUAUUAAAAUACCCAUCACAUUACACAUUUAUUAACGACAGGAUGCAUUUGAAAGUUCAUGCACAGUAAAACUUUUGUAGGACUUUAUAAAAUUAUUUUAUCGAUAGAUGGGGGAAAAGGUGCCUGUGCAUUGAUAAGCACUUAAUAACAUAAAAAUGGCACUUGUAAUAGCCCAUUUCACAGCAGAGCCUGCUGAAUUGCCAAGAUAACUUUUCUUUCGUGUUGAUUUCGGCAAAAAUGUAAAUGUGGCACUGACACGCCCAUGGAUUGAUGUUUAAGCAUUGGCUCAAUGAAUAGUCACGCAUUUGACUAGCCAUGCAUAGUUACAAGCCUGCUAGAGUUAGCGGCAUGCAGAUGAGCAAUAUCCACAGUCAUAGUACGGAUGAAGCCUGAGCUGGAAUGUGAAGCUAACUGAAGCUGGAUAGCUUUAAAAAUGCCUGAGUAGAUCUAGCUUACUUUGUAAUGUAUUACCACUCUGAUCUCAACCCACUUGCACACUUAUGGGCGAUUCUGGAGCAGCGCUUGAGACAGCGUUUUCCACAUAGAAAUGAGAAUGAAUAGAACGGGCUUGGAACCUCUAACCCUGGCAUUUGUGAUGUAGUCAUUUCCAUGGUGAUGCUAACUGGCUCAUGGAAUGGAAUUCACUUUUUAAAUGUCAUUUGAAUUGAAUCAACAAAUCACAGCACAGACUGAUGGUUGGACUUCCUGCUUUUACUUCAUUCUUUGCUCUUAUGGGUACAUUCGCAAUGGCCGCCAGUCCACCCAUUAUGCCAUCAUUACCUUGAAUGUUCCAGACAUUUGUAGAAUCAAGGUGCAUUGAAGUUGUUCUGGCUCGUAGUGGCCCAACGCCCUAUUAAGACAUUUUAUGUUGAUGUUAAAUUUAUUUUGGCAGUUACCUGUACAUGUCUUUAAUAUUUUACAGACAGAAAGAUGAAAACAUGAUUUAUCUUUAAUCUGGUCUAAGUAAAUCCGGUCCUGGAGUGUCUUAACAAAAUGAAACCAAAAUAUUUGGGCUGACUUCAUCCAGAAAUGUUUUUAUUUUGUGCUUUAUGAAAAUACGUGCAAAUUUAAUGAGAACACAAAAUGUGCAUGUUUUAGACAAUAUUUCAGAAAUAUUGUAAUACAAAAAAGUAUUCUAUUUGUGUCUACAUAUAACUGGAAAAAGUUGAUUGUGAUAGGGUGUGGUGCCUGGCCUUAAACAUGCCUUUUUCUGCACAAUUGCAGAACUAUCAUAUUAUUUAAAUGACCUUUCAUAGACAUUUGAAAUGAUGGUAUCAAAUACUUCAUAAAUGUACAACAAGCAUCAAUAUGUUUUCUGUGGUCUGUGGCUCUGGUCAGUCGCAUUGUAAUAAAAAACGCUGAACAGUA